AUGAUUGGAGCACCAGAUAUUACCUGUAGAGGAGGGAAUUGGACCAAACCAUCUACAUGUGCAGAUGGUACAUGUGCACCUCCACCUGACAUUGCUAUGGGUGGGAUUCUGGAGACGAAAAGACCGAGGUAUUUUCCUGGUGAGAGGGUGGAUUAUCAAUGUCAGCAUGGUCUGAACCUUACUGGAUCACAAACACUAACAUGUAUGGAAGGAGAAUGGUCACCAGCAGAACCACCAGAAUGCAGAGAUGCUACUGGAAAGUGUGGGCCCCCACCUACCAUUGAAAAUGGAGAUACAAUUUCUUUUGCAUUGCCAUUCUAUGAAUUAGGUUCAGUUGUGGAAUACAAAUGCAAAACUACAUAUGCACUGGUGGGAUCUCGAUUUGUUAGAUGUGACUUUGGGCAAUGGACAAAUCCACCAACUUGCAGAAAGCCAUGUGCAGCAUCUACAAACGAGAUGGAGAAAAACAAUAUUAGGCUGAAAUGGAUGCAUGGAGACAAAUUGGUUGUUUCAUCUGGAGAUGUUGUUGAAUUUGAAUGUAAACGGGGAUAUGUGAAUGAUCCAACAUCUCCUCCUUUUAGAGCUUGGUGCCUGAGGGGGGUAUUGAUCUAUCCUAAAUGUAAGCUCAGAGAAACGCUAUGUGGAACUGUUCCAAGUAUUCUUAAUGGCAUCCCAGAAGGCAGAACAAGGGAUUAUGAUGAGCCUGGUGCCACAGUGCGUUAUCAAUGCCAAGAAGGUUUUGAUAUUAGUGCAACACCAGUCAUUACAUGUCAAGCAGGGAAGUGGAGCACACCACCUACAUGUGUAGAGGGCGGUGGAAGGUGUGGGAAACCACCUGCUAUUGACAAUGGAGAUAUAACUUCCUUUCCAUUGAAUGACUAUGAUCCACAUUCAACACUAGAAUAUAAAUGCAAACAUUUGUAUGUAAUGCGGGGAUCUCAAUUUGUUAGCUGCAAGUCUGGACAAUGGACAGACCCUCCAGUUUGCAUAGAGCCCUGUACAGCAUCUGAGGAGGAUAUGGCAAAGAACAAUAUUCAGCUGAAAUGGAGUCCAGGACAUAAAUUGUAUUCCCCAUCUGGAGAUGUUAUAGAAUUUACCUGCAAAAGGGGAUAUGUGAAGGAUCCAGAAUCUCCUCCUUUUAGAGUAUGGUGCCUGGAGGGGGAAUUAACAUAUCCUAAAUGUAGGCUUAGAGCUCAUCCUGAUGAUGAUGAAUGUCUUGCAUUUUAA